CAUUGACAGUUCUCAGUCUGCUCUGCUCUGCUGCUCACUGCAGUCCAUUUUUGAUCAAAAAGAAAAAGCAUUGGCCGCAAGUGGAGAAAAAGAUCCGCAAGUGCGAAGAAAAUUGUGCUUUUCGUGAAAACUGCUGAACUGAAGCCCCGGUGCUGAUCGCCAUCGAAAUGCUGGACGUGGAAAACAUCGAACUACCGAAGCUAGAAAACGACCAAAAAUCCUACGCCGGCAUUCCGGAGGCGGUGUUUGUGGAGGAUGUGGAAGCGUUCAUGAAGCAGUCCGGAAGCGAAGAGAAUGUGGAAAAGGUACUGAAGGGGCUUGACGAGCAGCACAGCAAGUACAAAUUUAUGGAGUUCAACAUCAUUUCGCGAAAGCGUCGCCUCCGGCAGCAGAUUCCGGAUUUGGCCAAAAGUCUGGAAAUGAUCAAAAUUCUCAAAAACCAGUCAGAAGAGCAGGAAACUCGGUUCCUGCUGAGCGAGCAGGUGUUUGUCAAAACGCGAGUUCCGCCCACGAAAACCGUCUGUCUUUGGUUGGGGGCGAACGUAAUGCUGGAAUAUCCGCUGGAUGAAGCGGAGGAAUUGCUGAAGCAGAACAAACAUUCGGCCGAAGUUAAUUUGAAGUGCCUGGAGCAUGAUCAGGACUUCCUGCGGGACCAGAUUACCACGACCGAAGUGAACAUGGCCCGGGUCCACAAUUACGACGUGAAAAAGCGACAGGCGAAGAAGGCGGCCGAGGAAAAGUAGGGUCGUUUUUUGUGGAGUGGAGAUAAAAUGUUUGCUUGACUACGGUAAACUUAUUUUUAAGGUCGAUUUGCUAUUAAAUAAACAAUUGCAAAAGAAA